AUGACCUUAUCUUUGAGAAUCAAGAACAAGCUAGGCUUUGUCGAUGGAACAAUCCCAAAACCACAUACCAACGAUCAGACAUCUGCAGACUGGUCUUGUUGUAACAGCAUGGUGAUGUCGUGGAUUACGAGUUCUGUGUCUGAUGAUAUCAGAAGAAGCAUAAUGUACCUCGAGACUGCUCAAGAAAUGUGGUCAUGGCUCAAAGUAACGUACCACGGGAACGAUGGUUUCAGGGUGUAUCAGAUUAGGUCACAGCUACGAGGCUUGAAGCAGCAGGGGUCUAUGGAGAUCGGUACUUACUUCACAAAGUUCAUUACAUUGUGGAAUGAGUUGAGAUUUUAUCGACCGUCUCGGGUGUGUAAAGGUUGUGAAAAAUACGAGCAAGAGGAUUGCCUUAUGGAGUUUUUGGUUGGUGUAGAUCAAUGGCACAGGCAUACAAUCAACACGAUUUUGGCGAUGGAGCCUCUGCCUGAUGUCUAUUAUGCUCUGAAUCGCUUGAAGUUAGAGGAAUCUCUUAGACCAAAGAGUUUAGGGCAUUACAGAAACAGAUGA